CGGUCCAUUAUUGGUCAUAGCUUCCAUAUAAGGUCUACUUCCGAAUAAGUUAUCAACUAUUCACUUGUAUAUAUUGCAGACAGAGAAACAAGCCGAGCCAAAAUUUUGGCGGCGGCUGAAUUUCGGCUUGGCUUUUUAAAAAAGUUAAAAUUAUUAUUUUACAAACACCGAUUAUAUUAUACCCCACACCAUUAUGUAAAUAUACUCAUGUGUUUAUUUUUAAAUAAAACGUAUGAUAUCGUUACUUCCACCAUAUAAUUUUAGCUCUGAUACUGUUGUAGCUAAAAUAACGCUAUUGAAAUAUACCAAAGCCAAGUCGUUAUCAUUUUUUUAAAAUUAUUGUUUUCCAGUGUUAACUCAUUAUUAUCUUUAUAAUACGUUUUCAAACAACAAAAUGAGGCAAAAUGCCGUUGCCGACUUAGUCUAAAAAACAGAACGUAUAAUAUCGGCUUUAGUUUUUAAUUAGGCAGUACCAAACACAACUUUUUAUAACACACUUUAUAUUGUUUAUUACACAAGUAUUAAUAAAUUAUAUACUUCAUGGUUUUAAUAAAUAAACUGUUCAGUUUUUGUUAAUAAAUAACUAACUUAAAUGUUUUUUAUUGAAUUUGUAAAAGAAUUCAACUCAGCGUUGCGAGAUCUUCUGAAAUGGGAAGGCGGAAUUUUUAAUACUUAAAUUUCAUUAACUCAAUUGUUCUCUACUCCAAUUUUAGAGUUAGAGGACACAUUUUUAUACGAAAAAAAUGAAAGAAACGAACGAAAUUUAAUAAAGAAUAUUUAUUUCUUUUUUGUAGAUUUCAAGAUAUGACAGUUGAUCAAUUUAGAGAAAUUCGUCAAAAGGCUGGUGGUUUAGUACUACUUUUACCAAAAGAUGUUGCGUCAAUAAGCAGUGAAGAAAAAGAAGUAACUGACAUAACAAGAACUUCUUCUAAAAAGCGGAUAGAACAAUCUAGCUCAUCUAAAACUCAAUUAAAGCAACGCGAGUCGGCUUUAAGUGAAGUAUUUAGUUCCAUAUCUGCAAAUGGUUAUCAAAUCAUUGUGUCUGGGGCCAGACAUGCAAAUAACAAGAACAGUAAAAUUCCUAUUAUUCAGGGUGAAUUAGCACCUACGAAGGUUACGAAAUUUGCCGAUGGUACUACGGAUACAAACAGCAAAUUACCAAUGAUAAUUGUAGCCGCCCACCUAAAUACUUUCGGAUUGUAUAACGAAUAUCCUUUAAAUGCUGAUGCAGCAGUUUUACUGACUCUAGCAGACAUGUUUAGCAAAUUACACAAUACUUCGAAUGCGGCUCUUAAAUAUCGUAUUCUAUUUUUGAUAACUGAAUCGGGUCCAUUGUUAAACUAUCAAGGUGUUAAGAAAUGGCUCGACGAAAAUGUUCAACUACAGAAUGUCGAGUUUGUUUUAUGUUUAGAUUCCAUUACUCAGUCUAUAAAUUCUGAAAGCAAUAAUCUUUACAUGCAUGUUUCGAAACCAUUAAAAGAAAAUACGCCAAUGAAUACAUUUUUUAAGCAUUUAAAAAAUGUAUCGAGCAAAUAUAGUAACAUAACUACUGAAGGUGUUCACAAAAAAAUUAAUUUAGCCGAACCACAAAUGGCAUGGCAACAUGAACGUUUUAGUAUUAAACGUUUACCAUCAUUUACUUUGUCGUCAUUGAAAUCACCAAAGCAUCACUCGCGUACAACUAUAUUUAAGGAAGUUAUCUUGACACAAACGCAACGUAAUGCAAAAAUUAUUGCUGAGGCUUUAGCUCGUUAUGUUUAUACAAAUUCCGCAUUAGAUGAGAUUGAAGACUUCGAAAUAUUUUCAGGAGCUAUGCAAAUCACAAAUAAGCUUAUAAAAUCGUACAUAAAUUUGAAAUCAGCUUUGCAAAACAAUGACCUGAAGAACGCCUUUGAAAAGUACCUUAAAAAUGUAAAAGUUAUUUACGAAAAGCCUGACGCACGGGAACCCGAUUUUAUGUUAUAUGAAGGAUCUGAUGCAAUUCUUAAUGUGUACCGUGUUAAACCAGCAGUGUUCGACUUGUUCCUAACCAUCUUAAUUUGUAGCUAUUUAUGCUCAGUGUACUUCGUCAUAAAAUUUUUCCCGAAUAUGUAUGAAGUUAUUUGUAAAAUGUCGUUAAAAUCCCAGGAGUCAUCUCCCAUUCAAACUAAUCAUAUAGAACGUAAUAAAACAAAGAAUUACUAGUUUAUGUAAAUAGUCAAAUUUAAAUAAAUGUAUUAUUGAAAUUUUA